GUGCAUCAUGGACAUUUUCCCCAAAACUAAAAUAAAUAAAUAAAUUGAGCUAUUGCUGACAUCUAAAACUCAGAGAGUGCUUAAUUUAUUUGCUGAAAUGGUCAAUUUAUAACGCAGUGAAUCACUGUUAUUGGGUAAUUAGAUUCAUAGAUGUGCUUGGAAUCUUGUGGAUAAUUGAGACAUAUUCUGUAAAAGGAAGAUUAUACCAGUUUAAAACAUUUGGGGGUGGAUUUGUAUAUGUGUGUGUCUGUGUGCAAUACUACCUUAUCAACCCAAAAGUAAAUAAGGCUGAAGGAAAGAAACAAAAACAGCCAAGCUGAGACCCACAUUUAGAAGUAAAAUUAUCACAUAUAUCUAUAGCCUCCCCCAAGAGAUCAAAGGGAAAUGUACAGUUAAAUCAGAUAUUAAUCUCUUUCUCAUUUGUUUUCAGCUGUGAAAUGGCCAACCAGAACCAAACAGACAACCCAGAAAUAACCCUUUUGAGGAUCUCCAAUAGACCUGAAUAUCAGAGUCUUUUCUUCCUGCUUUUUCUGUCCAUUUAUUUGCUGACCCUUCUAGGGAAUUUCCUCAUUGUCUUGCUUAUCCGCUUAGACAACCAUCUCCUUCAGGCCCCGAUGUACUUCUUCCUGAGCCAUCUCUCCCUGGCUGACAUCAUUUUUGUUUCCACCACUGUUCCCAAAAUCCUGAUAAAUCUGAUGUCUCAGACUCAGACCAUCGCCUUCGAUGAGUGCUUGACCCAGAUGUAUUUCUUUCUCACCUCUGGUAACACAGAUAACUUCCUCCUUGCCUGCAUGGCUUAUGACCGCUACGUGGCCGUCUGUCACCCACUGCAUUACGUCACUGUGAUGAGCCACAAGUGCUGCCUAUUUUUGGUUUCUGGAUCCUGGAUCAUUUCCGGGCUCCACUCUUUACUCUAUACCCUUCUGAUAUCACGCCUUUCUUUCUGUACCUCUAUGGAGAUCCCUUAUCUUUUCUGUGAUGUCUAUCCCUUCCUGGAGUUCUCCUGUUCUAAUACAAGGCACAUAAAGUUCUUGGCACAGACGGAAGGGGUGGUGGAUUUGCUGGGGCCUUUAGCUGUCAUCAUUAUCUCCUAUGCACUAAUAUUCUCCACCAUCAUGAAAAUUCCCUCAGCAGCUGGGAAAUGCAAAGCGGUUUCCACCUGUGGCUCACAUCUGGCUGUGGUGAUCUUGUUCUACAGCACUAUUAGCUGCCUUUAUUUCCAGCCUCCCUCUGCGUACUCAGCCCAAAAAGGCACUUUUAUCUCUCUUUUGUAUGCAAUGGUGAUACCAAUGUUGAAUCCCUUCAUUUAUACGCUAAGGAACCAGGAGGUAAAGUCAGCAAUAGUGAGACUUCUUGGCAGGAUGAGAGCUUUCUUAAGAUAA